UAGAAACCCGGAAGUUGUCUGAAGGUCUUCGGUUAUGGGAGAUUAGGUAACUCUUUGCAGCAGCAGUGCAGUAUUUAGUUGAAAAUGGGUGUUAAAAUAGAGAUAUUUCGAAUGAUGCUGUAUCUGUCUUUUCCUGUGACCAUGUUUUGGAUCUCAAACCAAGCAGAGUACUUUGAGGAGUACAUAGUAAAGAGAAAGAGGGAAAUCUUCCCCCCCGAUGAAGAAAAACAGAGAAGAGAGUUGGAAGACUUCAAAGAACGAAUGCGUGUUCGAAAGGAGCAGCGAAUAUUGAAACAAUUGUCUGUGGGCUCUGAGAAUUAAGCAUCAUACUUUAAUUGAGCAACAUACUUUAAGGAAAGGCAUGACUUCUCAGCACCAUUGACAAAGGCAGUCAAUGUUGACUUCGCCUGAAGGAAGACCACAUUACACUGGAAAUGUCUGCAAUCUUCACACCUCCGAAAAGUGUGGAAUUUCUUGAUAUUUAUUGUGCCCAACUUGCCUGAUAUUUCAUGUAUUUAUAAGAUUUUUUUUCAUAAAAGACUUCUAAGUCAGAAUGCUUAUCAUUUUAUUUGAGUUGCUGUAAUGUCAUUGUCAUAACCCAAAUGUCUGAGCUGUUAUCAAAUAUAACUGGUUUAUUUUAUAAGGUGCAGUGCGUACAAAAUGUAUUGACAUUA